UUUAUUUACCUGCUGUGUGUGUUUCUCUUUCUCUCUCUCUGUAUCGGUUGUAAACUUGUUUCUAACUCUACUGCUAUAUGGCUUUCUUCGGUUUGACACACUUGGGUUAUCAAAACCCAAUAGGCGAUAAAAUGAUAGUGAAUCCCAGAGGAGCGUCUCAUUCCCGGGAAGGUGAAAGUAACAACACAGCAGGACUGCCUCCAUCUCUUCAAGAACAGCAGCGAGCCCUCAGAUGUACAGACACAUGCAGUGUUUACCACCAGCCUCCUCCCUACAGCGCCAACAUACACCAUGGGAGCCAUGAGCAAUACAAAGAGAUGGUCAAACGGGUUCAAACACCCAGAUCCCCUAACCAGCUGUACAUAAUGCCUCUGACAGACAACCAGCAGUAUGGAUGGAUGACGUCCAGGACACCUGAACCAUGGACCCAAGUCAAACGCUUUCCCCGAAAAAACAGUGAGAUGACAAAGUUUGUCAAAGAAAUGUCAACAACUGACCGGGAGUUCAGCCUGUUCUGACAGCCUUUCUUCUUCAAUUACACACACACACUCAUCAGAAGCCGGAUCAGUUUUGAUGUGAAUUUCUGACAUUGAGUCUUUGGGGCUUUGAGUAACUGCCUUGUUGAAUUAUAUUUCUUAACUGUU